AUGAAUAAUGUGGACAUAGGAAGAUACAGCAAGCGCAUCAUGCAGUAUAUCUGGGACCCGGAACCACAGAAUGACCAAGAGCCUACGAUGCCUAUCUGGUGUUUAGGGGAAAAAUACAUCACUCAUAAGUCAGAGUCAGACCAGACCUCCCAACCCAAACGCCAAGAAGACCGAGCCACGCUCCACCCCACGGCGCAUCAUGGCUGGCCAGAAGAGUUCCUGAAAGAUUUCGAGUCCAAGGUCUGGAUGACUUACCGAUAUAAUUUCCAUCCAAUACCAAGAUCCGACGACCGUGAUAGUGCCCAGUCCCUGACACUGAGAGUCCGCAUAAGAAAUCAGCUCGUGGACUCUCAGGGUUUCACAUCGGACGCCGGAUGGGGAUGUAUGAUCCGAUCGGGACAGAGCCUUUUAGCCAAUACAUUGUUAUUAUUACAACUGGAUCGCGACUGGCGAUAUGGACAAAAGGUCGAAGAAGAAGCGAAAGUACUGAGUCUGUUUGCGGACCACCCAAAUGCACCAUUCUCAAUACACCAGUUCGUUAAGCACGGCGCCGAGUCCUGUGGUAAGCAUCCGGGGGAAUGGUUCGGGCCCUCGGCAACAGCUAGAUGUAUAGAAGCAUUAUCAAGCCGAUGUGACAGCCCUAACAUUAGGGUGUACGCCCUUAAUGAUACUUCGGAAGUUUUCGAAGAGAGGUUCAUGAGUAUCGCUUGUGAUGAUUCGGGUGCCGUGCAGCCAACGCUCAUACUUCUGGGGACGAUGUUGGGCAUUGGUCGUGUCAAUCCUGUUUACUGGGACGGGCUAAAGGCCUCAUUGCAGGUGCCCCAAUCAGUUGGCAUAGCAGGAGGGCGCCCGUCAGCUUCGCAUUAUUUCGUCGGGGUCCAAGGCUCAUACCUAUUUUACCUCGAUCCACACAGUAACCAGCCCUCGUUGCCUUGUAAUGAGCAUGGAGGGCCAUACUCGAAGAAGGAUGUCGAAUCUUAUCAUACUCGCCGGCUUAGACGGCUCCACGUUGAGAACAUGGACCCAAGCAUGCUCAUAGGGUUCCUGAUCAGAAACCGGGAGGAUUGGGAGGACUGGAGCAGCCGCAUGUCGUCUGUACAAGGGAAGCCGAUCAUCCACGUGGUCCACCAAACGGCACCUGGAUGUCACCAGACCCGAGAAGAAGCCCUGGACGAAGUGGAGGUGCUCGACGAUGAAUGA